AUGAGCACGUUCCUCAAUGAGCGCUAUCGUACGCUCGAAGCGAUUGAGGACGUGAAACAGAAUGCCAACCCACAGAACGCGACUGCAGGACCAUCCCGUCCGCAGAAUUCCAAGCGAGUCAACUUCUUUGAGGCCCGAGUCACUCCGAAAGGCAAAUCGUGUGAUUUGUGCUCAAAGGAGAAUCACCCUGUCCGGUCCACUUCAAAUCCAACGGCAACAAAUUUGCAAAAUUUCUUUGCCAAUAAUGCUCAGAAUGUCCUUCUCGGCACGGCGGUCAUCAACGUAUGCCACUUGGGCACUACAUACACCGCACGUGCGCUUAUUGAUUCCGGGUCCGAAGCGACCUUCAUUUCUGAGCGUCUGUUCCAAUGCAUUAAGUUGCCUUUCCAGUCCGUGCGAGCCCAGGUAUCCGGGCUAAAUCACGCAGUUGCGGCCCAAUCGCAGAAGUUAUGUCACUUCAGCAUUGGUUCUCCGACGAAGCCGAGGCUCCAUAUCGAGACAUUCGUAAUUCCACAGUUGGCAGGCAAACUGCCCUCCCGCGAUAUGCCGCGAGCUUUCCUAAGGGAUCUACCAGCGAUAGAACUGGCAGAUCCACACUUCUACAAGAGCGCUCAGAUUGAUAUUCUAAUUGGCGCGGAUAUCCUUCCAUAUCGGGUGACUCUUCCACUCCGGAAGCCCGAUGGCAUUCAACUGGGUCAUUCCAGAUCUAUAGCGCUGGCUCAAUUCCUCAAGAACGAGAAUCGUUUGUCAAGAAACGAUUCUCUAAAGGAACAGUACAAUGCCGUUCUCCAGGAGUACGUGGACUUGGGUCAUAUGACACCCAUAUCGCCUCAGGCGAUUGUCACGACUCCCAAUUUCUACCUGCCUCACCACGCCGUACUCAAACCAGAUAGCACCACAACGAAGGUGCGAGUCGUUUUCAACGCAUCUUGUCCAUCCUCAUAUGGUAAGAGUCUGAAUGAUUUCCUUCAUUCAGGGCCCAUUCUCCAAUCAGAUCUCACGUUGAAGAUCCUCAGAUGGCGAUACUAUCGAUAUGUGUUCAAUGCGGACAUAACGAAGAUGUAUCGCCAAAUCCUCAUGGAAUCGAAGCACACGCCGUUCCAACGAAUUCUGUUCCGUACGUCGGACGAUGAGAUCCGUGACUUCGAGUUGAACACAGUGACAUUCGGUGUCAACUGUGCGCCUUUCCUGGCUCUACGAGUCCUCCAGCAACUUGCUGAUGACAUACGCUUGGAGUAUCCUCUCGCAAGCCGAGUCAUUUUCAACAACAUGUACGUGGACGACGUCCUGGCGGGGACACACACGAAAGAAGAGGCCAUCCGGACCAUUGCGGAAGUGUGUGCAGCCCUGGACAGCGCUGGCUUCCCGCUGAGGAAGUGGACGUCGAACCAUAAGAGCGUGCUGAAGGACAUUCCAAAGGACCAUUUACUUCGAGAAGAUUUCCUCGAACUCGAAGACUCCUGUACGGCGAAAACUCUGGGCAUCAGGUGGUUCAUGCCACCAGAAGUUGCCCAUCAGGACUCCUACACGAAGAGGGAAACACGAGUGAAGCUCCAGUACCACGGAUUCUGUGAUGCUUCAGAAAGGGCGUAUGGAGCGGCGAUCUAUUUCCGUGUGGAGACGGCAAACAAGGUUUCCACACAUCUCCUCACUGCGAAGACAAUAGUGGCUCCUGUCAAGUCUCUCUCAGUGCCACGUUUGGAGCUUUGUGGCGCAGUCCUGUUGGCUGAGUUAUCUGCAGCCCUCCUCCUGAAUCUGCCAGCAGAAAGUUUCCAGACUUUCUUUUGGACUGAUUCAACAAUUGUUAUCGCCUGGUUGAACAAGCCACCCUGCAGAUGGACAACCUUUGUGGCCAAUCGUGUGGCCAAAAUUGUCCAAGCCAGCGACGCCAAGAACUGGUCGCAUGUGCGAUCCGAGCACAAACCGGCAGAUCUUGCAAGCCGAGGUGUCCUGCCACAAGAAUUGAUGCGUAAUCCUUUGUGGUGGCAUGAACCAGAGUGGCUUCAUCUCCCGUCGGAUCAAUGGCCAACAUCUCCAAGUCCCAUUCCGGAGACUCUGCUGGAGCAGCGGAUUAAGUGCAACGUCGUUAAGUUACCUCCUACUCCUGACUUCCUGAAUAAGUUCUCUGAGUUUGGCAAGGCACUGCGCACGUCUGCCUAUGUUCUCAGAUUCAUCGAUAGAAGUCGGAAGUUGGCAGUUCCAAGCUCUACCGUGGUCCAAGCGGAUGAGCUAAUACCACUGCAGUCCAAGCAGCAGGUUCCUUCCUCAAGUUCAAUCCGAAACUUGAACCCUUUCCUCGAUGGCAAGGGGAUUCUACGGGCCUGUGGGCGUCUGAGGGCGUCCCACUCGCUGCGUUAUGAUGAGAAUCAUCCAAUCGUCCUCUCGUAUUCCUCGUCCUUUGCACGACUACUGGUUCGAUUCACCCAUCGUAUAUCCUUACAUGGGGGUAACCAAGUCGGCACGCGGCUGAUCCGCUCCAGAUUCUGGAUUCCGAAAUUGAAGGUACUCGUCAAAUCCACCAUCAACUCUUGCAAGGUUUGCGUGAUCUACAAUCACCAAGGUUUGCGUGAUCUCAUCACCAAAGGGUAUGUCUGCGUCUUCGUGUGCUUCAGCACGAAGGCGAUCCACUUGGAGACAACAUCGGAUCUCACGACGGAGAAAUUCCUGGCCACAUUCUCCCGUUUCAUCGCACGGCGCGGGUGUCCAUACCAGAUGUACUCGGACAACGGGAAAACCUUCGUUGGAGCUGACAAAGUGAUCUUCUACGACUUCUUGGAAGCGACGAGGGAGUGCAUCAUCGCACAACACGCCCACAAGAGCCUAUCCUGGCACUUCAACCCGCCGGGCGCCCCGCAUAUGGGUGGAUUAUGGAAAGCCGGCGUAAAGAGUUUCAAGGCACUCUUUUACAAGGCGACCUCCGAAGUAUACGUUCGAAGAGUUGUCCACUCUUCUCGCUAA